CAAUGAGAAGAUGUUGCGAUGAGGAGUUGGAAGCAGAUGAGAAAUCACUGUCAGACGCUCCAAACGGGAAUAAACACGCUCUUAUUUGAAUAAAGACAGUUCCUUUAUCCGAUGUGGACAGUUUAGAGGAGUCUACAUAAGGAUGCAUACAACUCGUAGUCCAUCCGCCUCCAUCCAGGCCGGACCGGCAGGAGAUGUACUGGACCUCAGCUUGACCGGCUCUCAGCUCAUGAUGGGCCGCAGACCCAGCAGUGCUUCCCCAGGGAAACACUUCUCUCGGUCCAUAUCUGUGUCCGCGACCAGUGACGGACAGGGAAAACGUAACACGUUGACGGAUUCUGGAUUGGGAAGCUCACGAGCAAUUAAAAACCUGCGACGGUCUAACAGCACCACACAGGUGAACCAGCAGGCCAACACAAGCCCCAGUGAAGGCCAGACAGAAGACUUCUUGGCUCUGUUCAACAGCAGCACUGAUGGACGCAGGAAACUGGCCAGCCUCACCAAGACGUCCAAAGACCAAACUACCUGGAACAUCCUGGAUGACCAGCCGAGAGUCUUCCCUGUGCCCAGCAGCUCUCAUAGUACCUGCAGUAUGGAUUCUCCUACGGGACUAAAGAAGAGGGAAGCCGGGGUCUCUCUGGCUGCCAACUUCACUGCCAACAACAGGAGCAAUAAAGCAGCUGUGGGUAACUCAGUGACCCCCAUCCUUCAUAACAACCACUCAGAGAAGCCCCUUACUCCCAAGAGCUCCAAUCAGAAGCCCUCCUUCAAUAACAUCAUCAAAGCCACAGUAAAUGAUGAUGUGACAUUAGACGUGAGUGGUUCUCUCACUAAGUCUCAGAAGAACUUCUCGGCAUCAUCAGGCUCCAACAACAACGCCCCCUCGAGCCCCCGAAGCCCAGGUCAGCCGUGCAGACGAGAGGUGACCGAAGAGGAGGCUGAGAGGUUUAUUCAACAGGUGAACCAUGCUGCUAUUAUCAUCCAACGUUGGUAUCGUUGCCAUGCCAACAGAAAGCGAGCCAAUGAGAAUACGAUCAAACACCUCCUCGCAUCCAAAAAGAAGGAAAGGGAGCAGAGAGCAGAGGAGGAAAAACCCGCAGAGUCACUGAAGAAGAAGGAUGAUGAGCGUAAACGCAUCAGAGAGGAGAAAGCUCGUCUGGCUCGACUUACUGCAAUACAGGAGCUUCAGCAGAAAAGAGCGCAACGUGCUGCAGAGGUGCAGCAGAUUGCAGAGGAGGAGAUAGAGGCACUGAGGCAUGCUGGGAAAGUGGGGCGUAAAAAACUCACCAAGUGUUCACCCGCUUCUCCCACUGACGUCAAGGCUAAGAACACAGAUUCCAGUGUGGAUGAUGUGACGAAUCUGAGGGCUGUGUCACCCGCUGGCUCACUAAGCAGAGGAUCUCAGUGCUCUCAGGAGAUCCUUCAGAGGUCUGUGAGUAUGGAAGACCAGCGACAGAGGGCACCAUCAAGCAGGGCUCAGUCAAAAACCACCCUCAAUGACCUGCUGGACACACUGAAGCUCUUGGAAGAGGAGCCAGAGAGACUCUCAGAGCCCAAGAGCUACAGGAAGGAUAAGUACGCAUGGAUUGAUGAGGAUGGAGACUCUAACUCCCUGACGACUGAUAACGUGGAACGGCACAGGCAGUUGAGUCAGACUCCUGCCCUACCGGAUGGGGGUGCCUUGCUGUCAGAGGCCAAACUGCAGAGCAUCAUGAGCUUCCUGGAUGAAAUGGAGCAAUCAGAGCAGGAUAGACCACGUUCGGUCACCUCUGGAUCACACAGAGAGGUGGUGUUAUCAGAGGAGGAUCUCGCAGUUGUAGAACAAGCCUCAGCCACGGCAGCUGAGGUCACUGGUUCCAUGAUGAGACUCAAACUGGAGCUGGAAGAGAAGAAACGCACUGCCAAUAUGCUACAGACAGCACUGGCCCAGCAGAGGGAGCUAACAAUCCGGCAUGUGAAGGAGACAGAGAAGGAGCUCAAUCAUAACUUCCAGCUACAGAAACAGCAAUAUGAAGCUACGAUACAGCGGCACCUGACAUUUAUAGACCAGCUGAUUGACGAUAAAAAGGCCUUGAGUGAACGCUGUGAGGAGGUGGUUGGAGAACUCAAGCAGGUGGAUCAGAAGUACACUAAGAAGAUCGCACAGAUGCAAGAGCAACAUGAACUGGUGUGGCAAAUUUUGGGUCCCAUGUGCGAGGAGAUAAAGAAAUUAAAAGAGUUAAUGAGUGCCACUGAGAAGAUCCGCAGGGAGAAAUGGAUCGAUGACAAGACCAAAAAGAUCAAGGAGAUAACAGUGAAAGGUCUGGAGCCAGAGAUUCAGAAGCUAAUCUCCAAACACAAGCAAGAGCUGAAGAAACUGAGAGUUCUUCAUGAGGCAGAGCUGCUUCAGGCAGAUGAGAGGGCCGCCCAACGCUACGUCAGGCAGAGUGAGGAACUACGACAGCAAUUGGAGAAAGAAAGAGAUGAACAGUGCCAGAAAGAGAGAGAACUGGCCAAGCAGAGGUUCGAGAAACAGCUGCAGGAAGAGGAGAAUGCACUGCAGCAGCAGAGAAGACGACUCUAUAAGGACGUUUCAGAGGAGAAAGAACGACUCACACAGCUAGCAGCAAGGCAGCGUGCUGAGCUAGAGGACUUAAGGAAGCAGCUUGAAGAGAACAGCUCUCUGGCUGGAAGAGCACUUCGAGAAGAGUUGGAGAAGAGCAGAGAAGAGCAGGAGAGGCGACACCAGGUUGAAAUAAAGGCCCUGAAGGAAAGACUUGAGAUUGAGAAACAGACGUGGGAAGAAAAUUAUAUGAAAAAAGAGGAAGCAUGGCUGCUGAGCAGAGAGAGGGAGCUGAAAGAGGAAGUACGUCGAGGGAGAGACAAAGAGAUCGAGUUGGCCAUUCAGAGACUAGAGGAGGAGACCAGAGGGGCAAGGGAGGAGUGUGAGAGAGCAGCAGACAACCGGAUAAAGCGUAUAAGGGAGAAAUAUGAGGCCGAGCUCCAAGAUCUGGAGUGUUCGGAAAGGGCGGCACUGCAGAAACAGCAGGAAAUGAGAGAGAAACAGAGUGAGAUGGAGGGGGAACUACUUCGCCUGCAGUCACUCCUACGACAAAGAGAGCAGGAAAUAAGCGACCUCGCCAAGUCACGUGAUAAAUUAUCAGAGGAGCGCCGCAGCUUGGCGGAGGUGAUCAGGCAGGAGUUUGCGGAGCGACUGGUAGAGACGGAGGAAGAAAACAGGAGGAUGAAGAUGGAAGUAUCGGAUGCCAAGGCACGACUCCGCUUAGAGGUGGAGCGAGUGACCAGAGAGAAAGAAGAGGAGCUCGUGGAGGUACACCAAAGAGUGAAAUCUGCCAUUUUCAAGAAGGAAGAAACUGUUAAUAAUCUGCGGAAGCAACAUGAGGCUGCAUUGAAGAGAGCAGAUCAUCUCGAGUCUUUGUUGGAACAGCAGAGGAAACAGCUGCUAGGGAAAUGAUUGACAUGUUGGUGCAUCGGCCCCUGAGAGCUCCUCCCCCCACCACCCCUUCCCUUCUAUCAUACAGUCCCCAUGCACAAAGAAGAAAAAAUCUCUUUAUCCAUAUUCUUGUCUGGUUACAUUUUUCUUCUUUUGGUCAUUUGGAUGAACUGAUGGAUUCUGGUUGGACACUUGAAAGAAGGGUGGAUGGUUCCUGCCAGUCUUCUGAUCCAGAACGGCAACCUUUGGCAUUCCCAUGAGAACAGGGCAAGAAAUAAGAGAGGAAUUGAAUCUUCUGUUAGGAUUCCUGGAGACAUUUGUGUGUCUAUCUUGCAUAGAUAUGACCAUUUGUUUUGCAUAAAGAAGACUAUGUUUAGGACCAUUAAGAUUUUUUGCAUUGUAGCAUUAUUUUUAUGACAAUUCAGCACUUUUAAAUCAUUACUGUAAUGGGAAGAAAAUUAUAUAUUAUUUGAAUUGUAAAGUAUUUAUACAUUUUGGUAGUAUUUGUUGUGAAUUUACCUUUAAUUUAUGUUGAUUUAAAAAACACAUUGUAUUACUGUAAUUUUGUACUGAAAUGCUGAAAUAUUGUAUUGCAGUAAAAAGAUUGGCAUUGAAAAUAAUGAGAAUUUCAAAAAAAUCUCCGGAUUCAUAAUGUACGGUAAUGACAAUUUGAAGGGGAUAUGUGCUUAAUUGUCAUUAAAUUAUGUCAUAAUGCAAAAAGUCUUAAUGAUCCUAAAUACAGGCUUCAGUUUUUUAGGCAAAAUUGGAAUUAUUUAUUUUUUCUUGUGAUUUUUUUUUUUUUGCUUUGUUUGGUUUUUUGGGUGAUCUGGAUAUGUUUUGUGAAAAAGAAGUGGGAAAACCCCUUUCCUGGGCACAAAGGCAUCUACAGAAAGUUCAUCCAGAUGUUUCUGUUACUACAUACCCACUUCCCUUUCUCUCCAGUGUAGGAGGAGAAGUGGGAAGGGCAAAGGUUCUGAAAUCUCAUUCCCAAAAAGUUAACCCUUCACAUUAAAGAGGAGAGAACUUACCCCCCCUCCAAUACAGACUCCCCCGGCCUUUUGUGUGCUGCAUAUAGAUACCUUUUGUCCUGAUGCCCCUCAGGGCUAUCUCUAAAUUACAGGAGAUGUCCUAGAAGUCCCCAGGACAACCAAACGUACUCACACACAGCACUCAGUGAAGCCCAGCUCUUUCAGAUGUCAGGGAAUGAUGGCAGCAUAGGUAUAGGAUAGAUGUUUUAGAAGGUUUGUUGACAGAAUGGAGAUGGAUAAGAUAAGUUAAGGGCAUCUGGGCACAAGGUGAUACUGAAACAAGCAAGCUUUCGCUUCCUUGAGUUUUUAUUCUAACCAGCUGUGACAGUGACGAGUGGUAUCGACACUUGGUUUUUGUUUCUGAGACUUUGUGUUGGGUAACCCCUUCUACCAAAAUCACGCUCAACGUCAGAUAUUAAUUUAUAUAUAUAUAUAUAUAUAUAUAUAUAUAUAUAUAUAUAUAUAAAAUGACUGCUUGUGAUUGUGUCAUGCUGUGAAGCAGUUUUGCGUUAAGUGUGGACAAAUUGCUUGUCGCUGGAAACUUGUCGCUCGCCCCUGGUUAGGACAUUGUUGGGGAUGACUUAACAUUGUUAUCAACCCAUACUUCCCUCUGAGUUUAGGGCUAGCUUAUGGUUAAAUUAGGGAUUCUUUGACAGGAAUGUUGUUCUCGGACGAACACAAAAUUUUGAUCCAGGAACUGAAAUCCUGUUGAGCUGGGGGAGAAACAUAUGGCUGGUAUUCAUGCUGUGGUUUCAAGCACAGCCAAAAGCCCAUCAAUUUCUCGCACUCUCUUUUCAAUGUAUACCAAGCGGCCUACCCAAGAGAGGAGCCGAGACAAAUGUGUGGGUGGGGGAGGAGCUGCAAAACUCUCACUGGUCUCCAUUGUUUCUUCUUAUGAAGUCCUUUCUGUUUCUACUUCCCUGUUUCGCUUUUUUAUGUAAAAUAAUUGUUGGUUCAACAAGGAUGUAUCACACUAACAGCAUACAAAAGAACUCUUUGAGUGAAUGCUAAAAGCACAACCCAGAAAAGCAGGAAAUGUUCGUCCUGUUAUUUUGGGAAAUUUGACCCAGAUGUUUAUUCUGAUUGGGCAACUUCAGGUCUUGUGUCCAUGGAUACCUUCUUCUUAAACACUUCUCUUUAUCCAAAACAAUACUCUUGCCAGAUAAGUUAGUUGAUUCUAGAGCCAAACCUAUUGACUUCUCAAAAGUUGAACAAAGUAAACAAGGUAAAGCCAACUUCCCACCCCUCGGAUUGAAAAGCAUUGCGUCCAACCUGAUACCUCUUUGUUGUACCAUUGUUUGACGGAUUUUAAAUGUCAGAUUUUCCCCGAUUCGCCUUUUAUUUAGUGAAUGGAGCCAUGCCACAAAUGUCAGAGUGUGGUGCCUCAUUCCUGUUCUCUAAUGAGUAAUGCCCAAGACAAAAACAUCAGGUGUCUUGUUUCAGGGCAGACAGAGUAAGACAGUGAACUCUUUAAAGCUAAGAGCUUGCUGCCUACAAAGCCCUCUCAUUCACAGGAGACCAAUUUCAGUUUACAGCAGGCUCUUUCAUGUGGCUCAAACAUAAAAAAUGAGAUUUAUUAUCAUCAUGAAGUUGCCAUAGAAGCAUAAAAACAUAAUUUCAUGACUCGCCUCUUGAUAUCACACUUAUGUGCAUCCAAGGUCCGUUGGAUAUCUUUUAUUAGAACCCCAGUAUAAGGUUCAUGAUGUUAAAAACAUUCUGAGAAUGUUUCAAAUGCAUUGUUAGAAGGUUGGAAGUCAGUGUUGGCAGCAGAUGCUGGUCCUUGGCUGUCUUUCGCUGUGGAUGGCAGCAUGUUUGGCAUGGCCUGUGUUAAUCCCACUCGUGCCAAUUAACCCUUCUUUUGUGUGUGUGGUGUUUAAUAGCCAAGUGCUGGUCACCGUUUUACUCUGGCCUUUCAUAAAUGAUCUGAAAAACACUACUUAAUUAAUGUUGUAAUGUUUGGGUAACAUUUUGCCUUCAAACCACUCUCUCUUCCUCAUAUUUUUUCUUUUUUUUUUUCUUUUUUUUUUUGCAUGUCUUAUUUUUUGUAAAUUGAAUGUGCCCUUUAACAUGUAGCUCUUAAUUUGACUCUUUUACCCAUGUCCUGUGUUUUGUUUAUUAAAAUUAAUAGUUGUUGUUUUUUUUAAGUGAAGAAAAGAACUGUUGAAUAUCCCUAAGUAAAUAAAUCUUGAAAAUGAAUUAGCUGACUCUUGACUUGUUUUUUCCACCUCAUGAUAACAACCAAUUACAUGAUCACUUCAUCUCCUCUGUGCUCCACCCCUCAACACUGACUAAGUUUAACACCACUCAGUUAAUUUGCCACUCCACACAUCUUUGCAUCUGCCAUCGUCU